GUCUUGCGCCGCGAAUCGGCGAGUGCGCACGCGUCGGAGGUUACUUGGUUCGAGAGACACCCGGCUCUGUUUUCUUCGAGGCUCUUCUCGUCUAGCUCGCGCGAAAGAAACGAGCAAUCGUAGUACACGGACGAACCAUGUGUGACGUCAUGCUGCCAACGAUGCAGGAGAACUCCCUGUUCCCGCUGAAUCCCAGCCUGGAUGACGAGAUCAGGCGACUCUUCGACAACUUCACCGUCAACAACAAGGCUCUACCGAAUGUCGAAGAAGUAAUGGAAGAGUUUCGACACAAUGGCCGAGACUUCGAAUAUUGUCCCGAUAUGGAUACAGACAUGACCAGGCAAAUACCACGACGGAAAAAGAAGAAUAAACCGUUGCCAACAGAAUGCGUUUUUUGCAGAAAUAACGGGGAAGCAGAAACAUUUUAUCGGGAUCAUGUGUUGAAGUAUGACGAUGGUCGUGUUCAAUGCCCCGUGCUAAGAGCUUAUGUCUGCCCAAUCUGCGGCGCAACCGGCGAUUAUGCGCACACAGUCAAGUACUGUCCAAAGGGCCCUUACAAUCCUAACUCAAUAAGCACAGCAAAUGCCUUCAAGCUUUUAAGAAAUUCCACGGGCAAGCGUCGCAGCAAGAAUAACAAGCACUUGGAGCGCACGUCGGCAUCAACUGUUGGUAGAGGCAAUAUUUCUGCAUACAUUCAGGUGGCAAUAAACUCGUCCUGAAGUCCUGGAUUUAUUACUCGUUACGUAGUAAUCUAGAAUCUCUAAGCAUUCUGACGUACUCUUGUGAUUUCUUAAGUGACCUAAUCGUAGGUCUGAAAGUAAAUCUAAUCGCGUUUCUUAAUUGCCUUGACUUCAAAAUGCGACCAUAAUGAUGACCUUUACAGAGAUUUUUGAGCCUUAUGUAGACAUUUCUAUAAUAUGACAACGUUAAUCUUUUACUUUUCUUCCUCGAAGAUUCACAAUUUCUAAUAUUCUUUCUCAUGAGGUUCAGCCGAUACCAAAGUUUUGCAAUCAAGAAUACGCAUAUUUUUAUUUUUAUUUAUGUUUAUUUAUUUUUCACUGCGACGUUCUAUGCGAAACGUUUCAAUGAUUGUAUGCGAUUUACUUGAAUAUUGCAUCUUACUGUGCGAAUGUUAUUAAUUAUUGAUUUUCAAGAUUUAUAUUACUCGUUUUUUUUUUUUCAUUUUCAACCAAGCGUUGUGAUAACAUGUGCCUUUUCAAUCUUUCAGUUUGUGUGUGUGCGUGCGUGCGUGUGUGUGCGUGUGUGUGCGUGCGUGUGUGUUUAUACAUAUGUAUAUAUUCAUAAUCCUUGCCUUGCGGCUUAGAAUGGCUCCCAAUAUACAUCUUGCAAUUUGCACAUUUUAUUUUAUACAAUACUUUUUCAUAUAGCUUACUUUCUUACGAUAAAACUUAAAUAAAAUCUAAAUAUACACAUAUCUAAAUACAUAAACUCAAACCAAUUUCUAAAGACUUCAACAUAUAAUAUAUAUACAUAAAAAUAAACAUUUGACAUUUGAACAUUAUUUUGUUUCUUUUAGCUCUUUGCACUUUUCUUCUUUAAUCUUUUUAAAUCUUAAAUCUUUAUAACGUAACUAUCCUAUCCUUCUUCCAUUCUUAGCUUUUUUCCGUUUUUAAAUAUCGGGCUAUUAAUUCCUUCCUUCCAGUUCUCUGGUAAUCCUCUCUUUCUGCAAAUACUAUCGAUCACUUUCCAAAAUACCUUUUCUAUUUCCUUUGACAUCUCCACGCUUCAUUUCCUAUCCUCUCUGUGUCUUUGUCAUUCUGAAUUUCCCCAAUUAAUUUAUCAGCUCUUCCUUCCUCAUGUAUUAUAUAUUUUCUUCUUUUCUUUCAUUUUUUAAGUACAGUACUAUUUUUAGUACUAUACUUCUGAUUAUUCUAAUAAUUAUUCUAAUUAUUAAUUAUUUAUUAAAAUAAUUAAUCUAAAUCUAAUUAUUCUAAUAAUUUUUUCAACUUUCUAAUUCUGUUUCUUUAUUUAUUCCUCUCUCUCUUUCUCUCUCUCUCUCUCUCUCUCCUGCAUUUAUAUAUUUCUAUGCCUGAUUUUUGAUUACGAAGAAGUAGUGUGUACACGCGUACUAUCUCUCACGCUACUUCUCCAUAACCAGGAACUCAGUUUAUAUACAUAUAAAAAAUAAAUGUACUAUAAGAGAAACAUUUAUACAUGUUCUUCAUCUGUGCACUUUUAUGAGCUUAAAAUUGUACUCUAAAAAUAUGAUAAGUUACUUCAUUGUAUGUUGUGAUGAAUAAUAAGAGGCUGAUCAAUUGAUCGAUCUCUUAUCUGAUUAACAUUAUUAGUUCAUACAUCUUUGUAGUGUUGCAAGAUGUAUAAAUUUUACGUGCCAUGCCUGUGAGUUCAUCACCUUGAUAUCAGUUUCGUUCGUGGAAGCGUGCCCUUUACCUCGGUAUCCCAUGCCUUGCUCAUGGAAAAUCUAUUGCAUUCGCCCAUGAUAAUUGUGCUCCAACAAAAAUUGUACAUGUGUUUAAAAUUACCUCUACAUAUUUUUCGUUAUUUAUUUUGAUAAAUGCGCAAAACGAGCCAUUUUCAAUUUUGUAUUAUAUUAUUGUUGUACACGUUAUUGCCAUAUUUGAAGAACAUUGAAUACGAGAUGUUACCACUGGCAGUCUUGCUAUGAUCUUGUCAAAGUCACUGAAACAAACGUCGUUACUCUACUAAGAAGCUAUGUUUCUUCAUACUUAUAGGCUUUUGUUUCGUGGAUCUGACGGUUCGUGGAAGGUGCGCUUUUUUUCACAGCAGGCAGUCUCUUUCAAUGCUCUGCAAAAUUAACUAAAGGACACGCUUUCAUUCUCAGCACAUUACGUAUCGAGUACAAUGUACUAUUAGACUAAUGCAUUUGUUUGUAGAAAUAGCAUGAAAGCUGAUGAUGUUCUUCAGCUUAAUAAAUUUUUGUUUUCAGGAAAAUUUUCUAAUUCCUAAAAUGCUCGGCAAAGAUUUUUUUAAUUAUUAUUUUCUAAGGUUCGCAAGAUUACAAAUUACGUAGAGAUAAUAGCUAUUUUGUGAAGCAAAAGUAGGUUUUUUUUAAUGAGACUAGAUUAGCUAUUAAAUAAAUUCUUCUAUCGAAACGUAUUCAAACUUAUGAAGUGCCAUUGAAAUGUUUGAGUUGAUGUUACAAGUUAAUUUAUUAUCAAAAUUGAGAUUUAAGAUUUUUCCUUAUUCAUGCGAUUAAAUGUUAGAAGAGUGGAACGUAAAGUGAAUUGAUUUAAUUCGAUGCGUCGAAUGAAUUAUACACGUCAACUUGACCCAAUCUCAAUCUCAAGACAAAGCAUCCAAUCUUCAACUCUCGCAAUGUUUGCAAUAAUGAACAGAUUACAUCACAAUUAUUGUUAAUUUUUUAAAAACAUUUCAGUUCUCGAAGAAUUAAGAAUAAAUUUUCCACUGAUUGGUUUUAAUCACGUAGCAUCAGUAAUUUUGUUUACAUAAUUGUACAGAUGAUUUAUAAAGAUAUUCUAAUGAUUUCUUAAUGUACAAGAAAAUGUACGUAUGCAAAAUGCAUAGUAUAGUUUAAUAAUAAUUUUAUUUAACGCAAUUUAUUUAACGAGACUGAGAAUAUAGCUCGAGAUGCAAUUCCAAAGUUUCAAGACUGCCAAAGAAAACUAUUCAGUAUUCAUUUUCAUCGCAGUUAUUUCGAAGUAUUCUUUUACGAUAAAGUGGCAAGAAUUGAAAUGUUUUGUAUAUUUUACGUUACUUGAAAGAGAGAAGGGAAAGAGACAAAACUCGAAUGUUACUAAGAAUUGUAUAGAUAUUCUUAAUUUUGUAUCGUUAUUUUUGCGAUGUGUGUUAAAUAGUAUGUAAGCAUAUUACGAAUGGUUCCUAUUAUAAAUUAAUAAUAAUUAUAAAAAUAUGCUAAGUGUUACAUUUCUAAAAAUGUUAGAUUAAUAUAUAGAUAUAUGUUUUCUAUCUCUUUAUAGAUACAUUUAUAUCUGUUCAUAUGACUGUUACUCGACAUGAUGAAAACACGAUUUCGUAAUAUGUGAUAUUCACGUAACUUGUAUUACGCGGCAUGUCAAUAAUGCGAAUAUAUAUGUAAGUUUUUACUUUUGUAAGGUCUAAUGUACGUAGCCAAAGUUUAGAAUUAUGCCGUUGCUAUACAGUGCCGUCACACUAUACCAACUGAUCCGUAAUAAGGUGCGAGAUGAUGUUACAGUAAUCGGAGACCGUGCGCUUAAUUUGCGAUUAAGCGCAGCAGGAGAUGAUAACGACUAGCAACACAACAAGAACAAAUUUCAUGUACAUUAUGAGGCAGGAAUUUGAAAAGAGAAUGGAAUAAGCAUAUCUCAAUUCCGACAAAUUUCUAAUAAUUCAGCUUGUCCAGUUGCACGUUUUACAAAAUUGUACAAAUAUUUAUUUUUUCGCAUGCGAGGUUUGCGCGAUUUUGCAUCCCUCUUUGCGAGCGCGUUAUAUGAUCGAUUAAAUUUUACACAGAACUGUACUAUAUAUUACACACUGAUUAUAUAUACACACACAUGAUCACACAAUAUACAUUACAUCCAAAAACCGGAAAUUCGCUUACUCAUGCAGUGAAAUCUUUUGGAUUUUAAUUUUUUUCGUAUCCCCCCGCUCGUGCAUCUCAGUUCAAAAUUUAGUCUUGUGCAUUCUGGACACGCUUUUCUUUGUAAUUAUUUGUAUUUUAAGAUUAUACUUUCGCGCAUUGUAUUGUCAUAAUAAUCAUCUCGCUAUUCCAGCAUUUGUACCAAUUAUUAUAUUUUUCUUGCUAUAUUAAUAUAUUAUUUAUAUGUAUUCGUACAAAAUUGUAUUAUGCUUUGAUGUAUAAUCGUUAAUGGAAAAUAUAUGCAUUUUGUAAUUUGGUGCUUUAUUUACAUCGCAUUCAUAAUGCUCUUAAAUAAAUUAUACAUAUACAAUUUA